CACUUCACAGUACUGACCCCCGUAUUCGGACACGACAGUGACGCUCUCCCUUUGACAUGGAUGAAGAUGAUCACCCUCUGCUCAAGGUUCCCGACUUUCUCAAACAUCACCCUGAGCUCAGAAAGCGGGGGAUCAACCUCACCCUGCCGCUGAAACCCUAUGCCGUAUAUCAAACAGAUCCGCUUGUCGAUACCGGCUUUGCCGUGAAGAUUCUAGAUCCCGACACUCAGGAAGCCGCUAUCUGCGAGAAGCUUCAGGCAAACCUCAAGUCCCCUAAUCAUGCCAUACCGGCUGAGGUCAUUAGGUCAUCGUCUCGGUCACCUAUCCUCUUGAUGCCAUGCUUGAGGGAGCUUGACAGCGUCCCCUACCACGAUGCAUCAUUGAGCUUUCUGCUGUCCGUCUUCCAUCAGAUUGCUGAGGGACUCGAAGAUCUCCACCGCCACCGCAUAGCACACUUGGACAUGUGCCCUGACAAUCUUGUUCUGGCACAUGAGCGGCAUGCUGCGGCGGACAGACGAGUUGAGGGAAAGAAGAUCUACAUUAUUGACUUCCAUACCUCCCGACAGCUCGAGUUACCUCCAGGAGCUCAGCCUGCUAUUCUUCUUCCAUAUACCCAGAUCGAUCCGCCUCCGGGAAUCAAACAUUUUGAUCCUUACUCUUGGGACGUGUACUGCCUUGGACACGUGUUUGAGAACAGACUGCAGGUGUACUGUUACAGGCGACCAGAGCCACGAGUUGUCCGCUGGCUCAUCCAGUGGCUGAUUGGCACCGAACGCGGAUGCAAAUCAGCUUGCCACUGUCGUCCUUCUGCCAAACGGGUCCGUCAGAUGCUGACGGUCAUCCGGGGACUUGUCUACACAUUUGGGUUGCUCUCGAGUGUUCCUGCUAUUGUGCGGCGUUUGAUCCCCCGCCCUGCGACUGACUGAAUCUGUCUCCUGUCAAUGUAUUGAUUUGUACCCUAAAUGAACC